AUGACACAAUCCGCUACUCUUCCUCCAUCUUCGUUUCAGCCAAUGCUACAUUACACCGGUCGUUGUCGCUGCUUCGACAGUUAUCCCAUCGCCACAAUCCUUCCGACAGUCGCAUGCCACCGUGAAUGGGUGGCUGUGUUGUGUGUGUGUGUUUCUGCACAUUGGUGUACGUGUUUCAGAGUGCAUCAGCAUGUGUGUGCGUUGUUGGGGAUGGAAAACCGAAGAAAAACACCCACCGCCAUCGUGGGGUGGUGGCUGCCACCUCAUGCCACCGUUUGCCACCACCAGCCGCCACUUUGGGUGGCUGUGUGUAUAUGUAUCGUAGGGCUACAGAGAUUGAGCUUGAUACCAUGGAGGGUUUUGCGUCAAGGGAAAAGCUCCACCAUCAUCUCAACCGAUUACCCGCAACUCCUCAACAGUUCACAUUCACAAGAUGAUCUUCCGCCACCGCCAUUGGUUCUCCACCGCCUCCGCCCUAGGACUCUAUCUCCUCUAUCAGGCACUUCUCGCUUUGCAUUAUCCGCGACUGUAAUAUCCGCUGCCGCAAUUCUUGCUGCAUCAUCCGUUAUCAUAUUUGAUGACAGCGAAAUUAAGGAAGAACAAGCGAAGAAGAAACGUUUGCUUGAUGAUUUCGAACACGUGAUUGACCGGUCGAAGGAGUCGUUUAAGAGAGUUGUGAAUACGAUGAAGCAUACCGGCGUUGCGGCGUCGGUUCUAUGGAAAUCUCUUCGUUCGGUUUUGUCUUCGGCUAACCAUGAAGUUUGGUCAGGGUUUGAGGUUAGGGUUGCGGCGUUAUUGGCGGAUAUUGUGGCGGCAAAUGAGAGCCGGAGGGCUGCGAUUGUUGAAGCUGGCGGUGGUGUGGUGUUGGAUUGGUUAUUAGAGUCGGUGGCAUUGUCCGGAGGGGGAAAUUAUGGGACUCAGGACGAGUCGGCUAGGGCUUUAGCGUACUUGAUUGCUGACCCUAAUGUGUCGGAGGCAGUUCUUGGGAGGCCUCAUGCCAUUCCCAAUCUUCUCAGGUUCAUAUUCUUUGCUCAACCUCAUCAAUCCAAAAAGAAGCAUGCUUGUUGCAGCAAGAAUGCUAAAAGGACUAUGAAUCAUAAGUCUGUUCAAGAAUCAUUAGCAAAAGGGUUGGAAUCACUCUGUUCAGGGGACAUGCGUUUGUCUCUUGAAGAAGGACAAAAGUGGUCUUGCAUUCUGCUUCCAUGGGUAUUUAGGGAAACUUCAUCUGAUGCUAUUAGAUCUUCUGCAAUCACAAUCCUUUCUCGUAUCUGUGAAGACUAUGGGCCUUCUUCCAUUCCCAUUUCCCAAGGUUGGUUAGCUAUUAUGCUUUCAGACAUUCUCGAAUCCAAAAAGUUAUCUCUUAAAGGGAGUGCUCAACCUAGGGACAAAGUCAAGACACAAAUCGAUCAGGCAAAUGUACUUUCUGGUACCCAAAGUGUGAACCAAUUGGCUAGUGCUGUGGUCAACUUAGCAGUCAAUGGUGAUUCAUUUGCUUUGGAAGAUUUUCUUACCCUUGAACCAUUUAUUAACACAUACAAAAAUCUAAAGAAAGGAAAUAUCCCUAAAGUGAAUGCUUUAGAUUCUGCACUUGCAACUUUAAAGGGUAUCAAAGCAAUGACAGAAAUCUGCAGUGAUGAUUUAUUUUCUCAAAAGAAAACAAUCGAUUAUGGCAUAAUUCCUCUGUUACGCCGCUUUUUAUUAAGUGAUGAUUAUGAGAAGUUAUCAGCAAUUGAAGCAUAUGAUGCACAAGACGAAUCUUACACAAUGGUCUGGAUCAAGCUUGCCUCUUCAGGAAGUUAGCUCGAUGCUGUUGGAAAAGCUUAUUGCAGCACGUAUUGGAGAUCGACCUGUUGUAUUUGUAACUCAUAGGUUGAAAUAUUUAAUUAAGAAUGAAAGAGAAAAAACAGAAGAAUUUCUCUUUUAGCCAUUUUGGUAUUCUUGUUAAUAUAUUAUUAUAUUGUAUUGCAGC